AUGACAGCUGCUACAACUUCUGCUGCUCCAACAACAAUGACAACUACCACUAUAACUACCACAACCACCCCUCUGCCAACUACAACGACAACUGCCACUGUUCCAACUACCACAACCACCCCUCUACCAACUACAACUACAACAACAACUACUACUACUCCAACUACCACAACCACUCCUCAGCCAACUACAACAACAACUGUUCCAACUACCACAACUACCCCUCUGCCAACUACAACGACAACUACUACUGUUCCAACUACCACAACCACCCCUCUGCCAACUACAACGACAACUACUACUACUCCAACUACCACAACCACUCCUCAGCCAACUACAACAACAACUACAACUGUUCCAACUACCACAACCACCCCUCUGCCAACUACAACAACAACUGUUCCAACUACCACAACUACCCCUCUGCCAACUACAACGACAACUACAACUGUUCCAACUACCACAACCACCCCUCUGCCAACUACAACGACAACUACAACUGUUCCAACUACCACAACAACCCCUCUGCCAACUACAACAACAACUGUUCCAACUACCACAACUACCCCUCUGCCAACUACAACGACAACUACAACUGUUCCAACUACCACAACCACCCCUCUGCCAACUACAACGACAACUACAACUGUUCCAACUACCACAACAACCCCUCUGCCAACUACAACUACAACUGUUCCAACUACCACAACCACCCCUCUGCCAACUACAACGACAACUACAACUGUUCCAACUACCACAACCACCCCUCUGCCAACUACAACGACAACUACAACAACUACUACCACUCCAACUACCACAACCACCCCUCUGCCAACUACAACGACAACUACAACUGUUCCAACUACCACAACCACCCCUCUGCCAACUACAACAACAACUACAACUGUUCCAACUACCACAACCACCCCUCUGCCAACUACAACGACAACUACAACUGUUCCAACUACCACAACUACCCCUCUGCCAACUACAACUACAACUGUUCCAACUACCACAACCACCCCUCUGCCAACUACAACAACUACAACUGCUGCUCCAACUACAACGACAACAACAACGACAACUGUUCCAACUACCACAACCACCCCUCUACCAACUACAACAACAACUACAACUGUUCCAACUACCACAACCACCCCUCUGCCAACUACAACAACAACUACUACCACUCCAACUACCACAACUACCCCUCUUCCAACUACAACAACAACUACAACUGUUCCAACUACCACAACCACCCCUCUGCCAACUACAACAACAACUACUACAACAACUGCUCGAACAAAAAAUUCACCUACUCCAACUAAACGUACAGCUAAACCUGCAACUGCUCCAACUACAACGACAACUACAACUUCUCCAACUACCACAACCACCCCUCUACCAACUACAACGACAACUACAACUGUUCCAACUACAACAACCACCCCUCUACCAACUACAACUACAACAACAACUGCUCGCACAAAAAAUUCACCUACUCCAACUAAACGUACAGCUAAACCUACAAACGCUCCAACUACAACGAUAACUACAACUUCUCGAACUACCACAACUACCCCUCCACCAACUACAACGACAACUACAACUGUUCCAACUACAACAACCACCCCUCUACCAACUACAACUACAACAACAACUGCUCGAACAAAAAAUUCACCUACUCCAACUAAACGUACAGCUAAACCUACAACUGCUCCAACUACAACGACAACUACAACUUCUCGAACUACCACAACCACCCCUCUACCAACUACAACGACAACUACAAGUGUUCCAACUACAAAAACCACCCCUCUACCAACUACAACUACAACGACAACUGCUCGAACAAAACAUUCACCUACUCCAACUAAACGUACAGCUGCUCCAACUACAACGACAACUACAACUUCUCGAACUACCACAACCACCCCUCUACCAACUACAACGACAACUACAAGUGUUCCAACUACAAAAACCACCCCUCUACCAACUACAACUACAACGACAACUGCUCGAACAAAACAUUCACCUACUCCAACUAAACGUACAGCUGCUCCAACUACAACUACAACUACAACUGUUCCAACUACCACAACCACAACUUUGCCAACUACAACAACAACGACAACUCCUCCAACUUCCACAACCACUCCUGUGCCAACUACAACCACAACUACAACUCCUCCAACUACCACAACCACUCCUCUGCCAACUACAACGACAACUACUACUCCUUCAACUACCACAACCACCCCUCUGCCAACUACAACAACAACUACAACUCCUCCCACUACCUCAAUUACAGCUCCAGCUACCUCAACCACCACUCCCGUUGGUGUGUAUGAAACGCUAAAGAGCAGAUGUACUUCUUUCAAUGACACAAUAUAUACAACUCCUCCAACUACCACAACCACUCCUCUACCAACUACAGUGACAACUACAACUCUUCCAACUACCACUACCACCCCUCUGCCAACUACAACCACAACUACAACUCGUCCAACUACCACAACCACCCCUGUUCCAACUUCAACCACAACUACAACUCGUCCAACUACCACAACUACCCCUCUGCCAACUACAACAACAACAACUACAACUCCUCCAACUACAACAACCACCCCUCUUCCAACUCCAACUUCUCCAACUACCACACCACCUCUGCCAACUACAACAACAACUACAACUCCUCCAACUACUACAACCACCAUUCUGCCAACUACAACCACAACUACAACUCCUCCAACUACCACAUCCACCCCUCUGCCAACUACAACAACAACGACAACUUCUACAACUACCACAACCACCCCUCUGCCAACUACAACGACAACUACAGCUCCUCCAACUACUUCAACUACAGCUUCAGCUACCUCAACCACCACUCCCCUUGGUGUGUAUGGAACACUAAAGAGCCGAUGUACUUUGUUUAAUAACACAACAUCUACAACUCCUCCAACUACCACAACCACUCCUCUGCCAACUACAACCACAACUACAACUCCUCCAACUACCACAACCACCACUCUGCCAACUACAACCACAACUACAACUUCUCCAACUACCACAACCACCACUCUACCAACUACAACCACAACUACAACUCCUCCAACUACCACAACCACCACUCUGCCAACUACAACCACAACUACAACUCCUCCAACUACCACAACCACCACUCUGCCAACCACAACCACAACUACAACUCCUCCAACUACCACAACCACCAUUCUGUCAACUACAACCACAACUACAACUCCUCCAACUACCACAACCACCACUCUGCCAACUACAACCACAACUACAACUCCUCCAACUACCACAACCACCACUCUGCCAACUACAACCACAACUACAACUCCUCCAACUACCACAACCACCACUCUGCCAACCACAACCACAACUACAGCUCCAGCUACCUCAACCACCACUCCCCUUGGUGUGUAUGGAACACUAAAGAGCCGAUGUACUUUGUUUAAUAACACAACAUCUACAACUCCUCCAACUACCACAACCACCCCUCUGUCAACUACAACCACAACUACAACUCCUCCAACUACCACAACCACCACUCUGCCAACUACAACAACAACUACAACUCCUCCAACUACCACAACCACCCCUCUGCCAACUACAACCACAACUACAACUCCUCCUACUACCACAACCACCACUCUGCCAACUACAACAACAACUACAACUCCUCCAACUACCACAACCACCCGUAUGCCAACCACAACAACAAGUACAACUCGUCCAACUACCACAACCACCCGUCUACCAACCACAACCACAACUACAACUCCUCCAACUACCACAACCACCACUCUGCCAACUACAACCACAACUACAACUCCUCCAACUACCACAACCACCACUCUGCCAACCACAACCACAACCACAACUACAACUCCUCCAACUACUACAACCACCCGUUUGCCAACCACAACAACAACUACAGCUCCAGCUACCUCAACCACCACUCCCCUUGGUGUGUAUGGAACACUAAAGAGCAGAUGUACUUUGUUUAAUAACACAACAUCUACAACUCCUCCAAAUACCACAACCACCCCUCUGCCAACUACAACCACAACUACAACUCCUCCAUCUACCACAACCACCACUCUGCCAACUACAACCACAACUACAACUCCUCCAAUUACCACAACCACCACUCUGCCAACCACAACCACAACUACUCCUCCAACUACCACAACCACCAUUCUGUCAACUACAACCACAACUACAACUCCUCCAACUACCACAACCACCACUCUGCCAACUACAACCACAACAACAACUCCUCCAACUACCACAACCACCACUCUGCCAACUACAACCACAACUACAACUCCUCCAACUACUACAACCACCCGUUUGCCAACCACAACAACAACUACAGCUCCAGCUACCUCAACCACCACUCCCCUUGGUGUGUAUGGAACACUAAAGAGCCGAUGUACUUUGUUUAAUAACACAACAUCUACAACUCCUCCAACUACCACAACCACCCCUCUGCCAACUACAACAACAACUACAACUCCUCCAACUACCACAACCACCCCUCUGCCAACUACAACCACAACUACAACUCCUCCAACUACCACAACCACCACUCUGCCAACUACAACAACAACUACAACUCCUCCAACUACCACAACCACCCCUCUGCCAACUACAACAACAACUACAACUCCUCCAACUACCACAACCACCCGUAUGCCAACCACAACAACAAGUACAACUCGUCCAACUACCACAACCACCCGUCUACCAACCACAACCACAACUACAACUCCUCCAACUACCACAACCACCCGUUUGCCAACCACAACAACUACAGCUCCAGCUACCUCAACCACCACUCCCUUUGGUGUGUAUGAAACGCUAAAGAGCAGAUGUACUUCAUUUAAUAACAUAACAUCUACAACUCCUCCAACUACCACAACCACCCCUCUUCCAACUACAAUGACAACUACAAUUUCUACAACUACCACAACCACCCCUCUGCCAACUACAACCAAAACCACAACUACUACCCCUCCAACUACCACAACCACCCCUCUGCCAACUACAACAACAACUACAACUCCUCCAACUACCACUACCACCCCUCUGCCAACUACAACCACAACUACAACUCGUCCAACUACCACAACCACCCCUCUGCCAACUACAACAACUACAACUCCUCCAACUACUACUACCACCGCUCCGCCAACUACAACCACAACUACAACUCGUCCACCAACCACAACCACCCUUCUGUCAACUAAAACCACAACUACAACUCCUCCAAUUACCACUACCACCGCUGUGGCAACUACAACAACAACUACCACAACCACAACUCUGCCAGCGACAACAACAACUACAGUUCCCCCAACUACUUCAACUGUAGCUCCAGCUUCCUCAACCACCACUCCCCUCGGAUUAGAUGGAACACUCAAGAAUAGAUGUUCUGCAUUCCCUAAACCAACAACUACAGCUCUGCCAACUACCACUACCACCUCUCUACCAACUACAAUGACAACUACAGCUUCUGCAACUACCACAACAAUGACAACUACCACUCCUCCAACUACUACAACUUCAGCUCCUCCAACUACCACAACUACAACUACAGCUCCUCCAACUGCUACAACCACAACCACCCCUCUCCCAACUACAACGACAACUAAAUCACCAGUGUCAGUAACAACAACGUCAUCCACAAGUGGAGGAGUAGUGAAUCCAACACCAUCAAACAGAAGUGCAGCAGUAACAGCAGCUACAGCUGCUGGUGUGGCAUCAACAGCAGCAACAGCAGCAGCAACAGCUGCAGCUGCAGCAGCAGCAGCAGCUGCAUCCACAACCAAUAGGACCUUGGCUCAGCAAGCCUAUAAUGCAUCUGUGGAAGCUCUCAAAGCUGCUCAAGAGGCAGCAAGACAGGCUCAGGCAUUACUAAACGGAACAGGAACACUAACAGAUACAAUACAAGCAGCUCAGCUGGCAGCACAGAAAGCACUUGAGGCAUCCCAGGCAGCAGAGCAGGCAUCACAGACAACCCCUGCAUCACUGACCCAAUUUUCAGAAAACAUUCUGGAAGCAACUGCUAAUGCAACAAAGGCAGCCCUUAAGGCAGCUGAAGCAGCUAAUAAUGUGUCUUCUUUAACUCCUGAAAGCCUACAAGCAGCAAAUGCAGCCAUGAAUGAGUCAGCAAUAGCAUCACAACAAGCAGCCAAGGCUAUGUUAGCAGCUCUAGAACAAAAUAUUACUGAGCCACUUGACCCAAUAUUAAAAACAUUUAUAGUUGAUGCAGCAAAGAAUGCCGAAAAUAGUGCUGGUUUAAACCAAAUUGCUGUUGAAAUGGCAGCAAAGUGUUUAACAGCAAACACUACAGAACAUGCACAACAACUAUCAAAUGAGGCUUUGGCAUUAAUACAAAACAUAUUUACUUCAGCAACUAGUGCAGCUGACAAUGCAUAUAAAGCUAUAACAUAUGUUCCUACCACGCCAUCACCUACAAAAUCUCCUGCAGAGAUAAGGAAUGCCAUAGCCGCAGCAGCAUCAGUAGCAUCUAUAGCAUCAAAUGCUGCAGCAGCUGCAGGAGCCACAGCAGCCACAGUCGCAUCAGCCUCCACUGGACCACUUGCUGACAAAGCAAGGAUCGCUGCAGAAGAAGCAAUCAAGGCUGCUGAAGAGGCAGCGAGAAUGGCCCAAGCGGUACUCAAUGGGACCGUUCCACCAGAGGAAGCCAUACAAGCAGCUAAAAUUGCAGCACAAAAAGCACAGGAGGCGUCUUUGGCAGCAAAACAAGCAGCAGAGGCUCUCCCAGAUUCAAUGGCACCAUUUAGGGAGAGAAUUCUUGAAGCAUCUGUCAAUGCAACAGAAUCAGCUCAAAAGGCAGCCCAGGCAGCAAACAACGUAUCUACAAUAACUCCUGAAAGUCUGAAUGCAGCAGCUACAGCUAUGACUGCUUCAGCAAUCGCAGCAGAAAAAGCCCUCACAGCGUUACUAUCUGCUGUACAACAAAAUAUGACCGUACCCCUUGACCCCAAAUUAGAAGGAUAUGUGUCAUCAGUAGCUGAGAAUGCCACACAAACUGCAAACAAAUCCAUAACUGCAGUGGAAAAAGCAGUUGCCUCCUUAACAGCAAACACAACAGAAGGGGCAAACCGUCUGUCAAACGAAGCUAUUAAUUCAGUUAAAGAUGCCAAUAAUUCAACAAACCAAACCAUUGAGUCUGCUGCAAACAUAUUAUCAACAACAUCCUCUGCAGAGAUAAGGGCUGCCAGAGCCACGGCAGCAGCAGCAGCAUCUAUAGCAUCAAAUGCUGCAGCAGCUGCAGGAGCCACAGCAGCCACAGUCGCAUCAGCCUCCACUGGACCACUUGCUGACGGAGCAAGGAUCGCUGCAGAAGAAGCAAUCAAGGCUGCUGAAGAGGCAGCGAGAAUGGCCCAAGCAGUACUCAAUGGAACUGUUCCACCGGAGGAAGCCAUACGAGCAGCUAAAAUUGCAGCACAAAAAGCACAGGACGCAUCUUUGGCAGCAAAACAAGCAGCACAGGCUCUCCCAGAUUCAAUGGCACCAUUUAGGGAGAGAAUUCUUCAAGCGUCUGCCAAUGCAACAGAAGCAGCUCUCAAAGCAGCCCAGGCAGCAAACAACGUAUCUACAAUAACUCCUGAAAGUCUGAAUGCAUCAGCCUCAGCCAUGAAUGAUUCAGCAAUCGCAACAGAAAAAGCCCUCACAGCAUUACUAUCUGCAGUACAACAAAAUAUGACUGUACCCCUUGACCCCAAAAUAGAAGAAUAUGUGUCAUCAGUAGCUGAGAAUGCCACACAAACCGCAAACAAAUCCAUAACUGCAGUGGAAAAAGCAGUUGCCUCCUUAACAGCAAACACAACAGAAGUGGCAAACCGUCUGUCAAACGAAGCUAUUAAUUCAGUUAAAGAUGCCAAUAAUUCAACAAACCAAACCAUUGAGUCUGCUGCAAACAUAUUAUCAACAACAUCCUCUGCAGAGAUAAGGGCUGCCAGAGCCACGGCAGCAGCAGCAGCAUCUAUAGCAUCAAAUGCUGCAGCAGCUGCAGGAGCCACAGCAGCCACAGUCGCAUCAGCCUCCACUGGACCACUUGCUGACAAAGCAAGGAUCGCUGCAGAAGAAGCAAUCAAGGCUGCUGAAGAGGCAGCGAGAAUGGCCCAAGCAGUACUCAAUGGAACUGUUCCACCGGAGGAAGCCAUACGAGCAGCUAAAAUUGCAGCACAAAAAGCACAGGACGCAUCUUUGGCAGCAAAACAAGCAGCACAGGCUCUCCCAGAUUCAAUGGCACCAUUUAGGGAGAGAAUUCUUCAAGCGUCUGCCAAUGCAACAGAAGCAGCUCUCAAAGCAGCCCAGGCAGCAAACAACGUAUCUACAAUAACUCCUGAAAGUCUGAAUGCAUCAGCCUCAGCCAUGAAUGAUUCAGCAAUCGCAACAGAAAAAGCCCUCACAGCAUUACUAUCUGCAGUACAACAAAAUAUGAUUGUACCCCUUGACCCCAAAAUAGAAGAAUAUGUGUCAUCAGUAGCUGAGAAUGCCACACAAACCGCAAACAAAUCCAUAACUGCAGUGGAAAAAGCAGUUGCCUCCUUAACAGCAAACACAACAGAAGUGGCAAACCGUCUGUCAAAUGAAGCUAUUAAUUCAGUUAAAGAUGCCAAUAAUUCAACAAACCAAACCAUUGAGUCUGCUGCAAACAUAUUAUCAACAAAAUCUCCUGCAGAGAUAAGGAAUGCCAGAGCCACGGCAGCAGCAGCAGCAUCUAUAGCAUCAAAUGCUGCAGCAGCUGCAGGAGCCACAGCAGCCACAGUCGCAUCAGCCUCUACUGGACCACUUGCUAACGGAGCAAGGAUCGCUGCAGAAGAAGCAAUCAAGGCUGCUGAAGAGGCAGCGAGAAUGGCCCAAGCAGUACUCAAUGGGACCGCUUCACCAGAGGAAGCUAUACAAGCAGCUAAAAUUGCAGCACAAAAAGCACAGGAGGCGUCUUUGGCAGCAAAACAAGCAGCAGAGGCUCUCCCAGAUUCAAUGGCACCAUUUAGCGAGAGAAUACUUCAAGCGGCUGCCAAUGCAACAGAAUCAGCUCUCAAAGCAGCCCAGGCAGCAGAAAAUGUAUCUACAAUAACUCCUAAAAGUUUGGACGCCGCAGCCUCAGCCAUGAAAGAUUCAGUGAUCUCAGCAGAAAAAGCCCUCACAGCAUUACUAUCUGCAGUACAACAAAAUAUGAUUGUACCCCUUGACCCCAAAAUAGAAGAAUAUGUGUCAUCAGUAGCUGAGAAUGCCACACAAACCGCAAACAAAUCCAUAACUGCAGUGGAAAAAGCAGUUGCCUCCUUAACAGCAAACACAACAGAAGUGGCAAACCGUCUGUCAAACGAAGCUAUUAAUUCAGUUAAAGAUGCCAAUAAUUCAACAAACCAAACCAUUGAGUCUGCUGCAAACAUAUUAUCAACAAAAUCCCAAGCAGUGAUAAGGGCAACCGCAGCUGCGGCAGCAUCAGCAGCAAAGAUAGCAGCAAAUGCUGCAGCAGCUGCAGGAGCCACAGCAGCCACAGUCGCAUCAGCCUCUACUGGACCACUUGCUAACGGAGCAAGGAUCGCUGCAGAAGAAGCAAUCAAGGCUGCUGAAGAGGCAGCGAGAAUGGCCCAAGCAGUACUCAAUGGGACCGCUUCACCAGAGGAAGCUAUACAAGCAGCUAAAAUUGCAGCACAAAAAGCACAGGAGGCGUCUUUGGCAGCAAAACAAGCAGCAGAGGCUCUCCCAGAUUCAAUGGCACCAUUUAGCGAGAGAAUACUUCAAGCGGCUGCCAAUGCAACAGAAUCAGCUCUCAAAGCAGCCCAGGCAGCAGAAAAUGUAUCUACAAUAACUCCUAAAAGUUUGGACGCCGCAGCCUCAGCCAUGAAAGAUUCAGUGAUCUCAGCAGAAAAAGCCCUCACAGCAUUACUAUCUGCAGUACAACAAAAUAUGACUGUACCCCUUGACCCCAAAUUAGAACGAUAUGUGUCAUCAGUAGCUGAGAAUGCCGCACAAACCGCAAACAAAUCCAUAACUGCAGUGGAAAAGGCAGCUGCCUCCUUAACAGCAAACACAACAGAAGAGGCCAACCGUCUGUCAAAUGAAACUAUUAAUUCAGUUAAAGAUGCCAGUAAUUCAGCAAACCAAACCAUUGAAUUUGCUGCAAAAAUAUUAUCAACAAAAUCCCCUGCAGAGAUAAGAGCUGCCAGAGCUGCAGCAGCAGCAGCAGCAUCUGUAGCAUCAAAUGCUGCAGCAGCUGCAGGAGCCACAGCAGCCACAGUCGCAUCAGUCUCCACUGGACCACUUGCUGACAAAGCACAGGAUCACUGCAGAAGAAGCAAUCAAGGCUGCUGAAGAAGCAGCGAAAAUUGCCGAAGCAGUACUCAAUGGAACCGUCCCACCAGAGGAAGCCAUACGAGCAGCUCAAAUUGCAGCACAAAAAGCACAGGAGGCAUCUUUGGCAGCAAAGGAAGCAGCAGUGGCUCUCCCAGAUUCAAUGGCACCUUUUACUAACAAAAUUCUUGAAGCAUCUGCCAAUGCAACAGAAGCAGCUCUCAAAGCAGCCCAGGCAGCAAACAAUGUAUCUACAAUAAGUCCUGAAAGUUUGAAUGCAGCUGCUGCAGCCAUAGGUGAAUCAGCAAUCGUGUCAGGAAAAGCCCUCAGAGCCUUGUAUGCUGCACUGCAACAAACAUCUGUUCAAUCAAUUGAUGCAAAAACAUUAAAAGAUGCUUUAAUCGCAUUUGAAAUAGCAUCAAAUCUGGUUGCAAAAACCACACCAGAAGCGAAGACUGCAGUAGAUAAGGCAGCUGCUUCUAUCAAAGCAGCAACUCCAGAUGAAGCAGAGCAACUGGGGAAUGAAGCAAUUGCCUCAGCAAGAGAAUCCUUAAAAUCAGCUUACGGAGGUGUCAGUUUGGCCAACACAACAUCAGGCCUCACACCGUCUAUGAAAGACUCAACAAUAAGAUCUACAACAUCAGCAGCAGCCUCAGCUGCAGCCGCUGC